UGCAGCCCGCAAAGCUAGCAUGGAUGGAUUUCGGGUGAAUGGCGCAAUCUACGCUUGCGGCUCCGCGACAGAUCGCCGCCCCAAUGAAUGCUUGACGGAACCCCCGUAAGUUACGAAGUACAGGUAUCGGCAACUGCAACCUUCUCUAUGACUCCUCCCUGUUGUACCCAGUAUUUUUGAUAGCAAGUGUGCAGCCGCUGGGCACGCCUUCUUCUCCAUUCCUCCCCAGUUCAUCUCAACCUCUCCCGCCCCGAUCAGUCUCUUCUCGCAUUCGCCAUGACCCCAGAUUCUGUACCUAGUGGCCCACGGCCGAAUUACGAAAGAAUCUCGUCGCAGCCCGAGAAUCCGUUCGCGGCUCUCAUCCCGGACCAGCACAUAGCUGUGAUCCCGUCAUUCACGCUCGAGUCCGGGGUGACCCUCUACAAUGUCCCCGUCGCAUACACGACCCGUGGCACACUUUCCCCUAAUGGCGACAAUGUCAUGGUUAUCUGUCAUGCUCUCACGGGCAGCGCCGAUGUCAGCGACUGGUGGGGCCCAUUGCUCGGAGGCCUUGGCCGGGCAUUCGAUACUUCCCGCUUCUUUGUUGUGUGCAUGAACAGUCUGGGGAGUCCAUACGGAACGGCGAGUCCAGUUACGGCCAAGGACGGAGACCCGUCCAAAGGCCGUUAUGGUCCCGAGUUCCCUCUGACAACCAUCCGAGAUGAUGUCAGGCUGCACAAGUUGCUUCUCGACGAGCUUGGCGUUAAACAGAUUGCUGCCGUAAUUGGAGGGUCGCUUGGGGGCAUGUUCGUCCUCGAAUGGGCCUACUUCGGCAAGGAUUAUGUUCGGUGCAUCGUCCCCAUCGCCACCUCAAGCAGGCACAGCGCAUGGGGCAUCAGCUGGGGCGAGGCCCAGCGGCAGUCUAUCUAUGCGGACCCCAAGUACGACGACGGCUACUAUUCGUUUUCCGACCCGCCGUCGACAGGCCUCGGGGCCGCCCGCAUGGCUGCACUUCUGACUUACAGGAGCCGGAACUCGUUUGAAGCACGCUUUGGCCGCAACGUUCCUGAUUCCUCGCGCCGGCAGACGAUUCGCGAAAGGCCCUCACCCUCCACCCCGUCCGAGGCUCACUUCCACAUCCACAACGACGGGCACAAGUGGAAGCGGAGUCCGUCGCGCACAAACAGCGACGGAGGACAGACUCCUAAAUACGACAGCAACGAUUCCUCCCAUGACCCGCAGUUCCACGGCCCCAAGAACGGCAGCCUCACAGGCGGCGAAGUGAUGCCGAAGGGCUCGACCUAUUUCUCUGCUCAGUCUUAUCUACGUUACCAGGGCGAAAAGUUCGUCAAGCGCUUCGACAGCAACUGCUACAUUGCCAUGACCCGCAAGUUGGACACGCACGACGUGAGCCGGGGCCGUGCCGGCACGAUAGCCGAGGCGCUGGCCAUGAUCGAACAACCUACUCUGGUUCUCGGCAUUGAGAGCGAUGGGCUGUUCACGUUUGCUGAGCAGGAGGAGCUGGCCGAGCACAUCAAGAACGCCCGGCUGGAGAAGAUCGACAGUCCCGAAGGUCACGACGCCUUUCUCUUGCAGUUCGAGCAGGUAAACCAUUAUAUCCUCGAUUUUUUGAGGGAGGUUCUCCCCGAUAUCAUGGAUAAGGAUACGGAUGGAGCGGUGGUGGAGAGCUCAGUCGGCCAGCUCACGAAGAGCAGCACGUUUGGUGAGGCUGAAGUGGAGGACAUUACAGCCUGGUAGUGCUCUGGCUCUCAUUUCCCGAAUCAACCGAUUCAAUCCCGUCCAAGGCUUCCGUGACUCGGUGUCAUCGCGCUGAGGUUGCCGAUCCCGGAAGUAACCCUCUCCGCCUCAGCCAUGCGGCACCACAUUGGAGGAGGAAUAAUGUAUCCCAUGGCCAGGGAAGCAAUGGAUGCGGGGAAGGCUUGCACUAGAUGCUCGGUCUCCCGCCCCGGCUAUAACCACGUUAGCCAUGGCGUGGGGAAGAUGACUCCAAAUCAGCAGCACCCCGCAGCGCGUGGCGCAGAACGUGCCUCAGAUCCCGUUUUGGGACGGCGGGCUUAUUAGCCAACCUCUCUAACCUGCAGAUCAUUUCAGACUGCACUGCCUGUUUCAACCCGGACAUACUAUGUUGUCGAUAGAGGAGGCAUUGGAAAAAGGACGGACAUGUUUAAACGAGAAGAAUAGAGCACUUUGACCAG